AUGCCCUUGAUCAACGAUCUACUCGAAGAUCUGGAGUCGACACUUUGGUACUGUUCUUUGGAUAUGGCGAGUGGAUUUUGGGUAGUGAAAAUGACGGGUCGUGCCCGUUUGAUCUCGGCUUUCAUCACUCCUUUUGGGCUAUUCGAGUGGAAUCGAAUGCCUUUUGGCCUGAAGAAUGCGCCCCAGAUCUAUCAACGUAUGAUCGAUAACGCGCUAUAUGGGUUCACCCGGACCCGAGAUCUGAAGGUCACAAAAGACGGGAAACCGGUGGAUCCAGGCAAGCCUUCGGUGCUUGGUCGCAGAUCAUAUAUCGAUGGCAUCCUAAUCCCCGCCGACAACUGGGAUCAACUAUGCGACUGA